AAAGGGGUGGAAUGUUAGGGCGGUUCAAGCGGGACUAGUGAGUUCACGCGAAAAGCACCAGUCGACAGUUCGUGUCAGAACACUGUUUGUGAAUGAUCGGCUUGUUUUAACACUGAGGAAUUGCUCUACCUCUGUCUCUAACGAUAUAUUUUUAUUAUUUUAAUUAGUAAACCAUACCAUUUAUUUUUUUUUAUUUUUUUUAUUUUUUAAUUAAAUUUUUUUAUCAAGUUUUAACAAUGACAAGUGUUAUUUUGUUUGUGAUUUAUGUGACAAUUGUGUGUGGAAUUUCUGCUGCACCGUCACCAGAAAAAAUACCAAUUGGUGCAAUAUUUGAACGUGGCACUGACGAGGUACAAUCGGCAUUUAAAUAUGCAAUUGCCAUACAUAAUAAAAAAAAUAUGACUCAUCUACAAGCAUACGUUGAUGUCAUCAACACUGCAGAUGCUUUCAAGCUUUCACGACUGAUUUGCAGUCAAUUCAGCAGAGGUGUAUUUUCAAUGCUUGGAGCUGUUGGUCCAGACUCAUUUGACACCUUUCAUUCGUACAGCAACACCUUUCAAAUGCCCUUUGUGACACCAUGGUUUCCUGAAAAGGUGCUGACGCCUUCGUCGGGUUUUCUUGACUUUGCUAUAAGCAUGCGCCCGGAUUACCAUCGUGCCAUCAUCGACACAGUACGACACUAUGGCUGGAAAAAAAUCAUCUACCUCUAUGACUCCCAUGAUGGAUUACUGAGACUCCAACAAAUUUAUCAAGACUUACAUCCAGGAAAUGAAUCAUUUCGUGUUGAAACUGUCAAGAGAAUACAAAAUAUAUCUGAUGCCAUUGAUUUUCUUCACACAUUAGAAAAGCUAAGCCGAUGGAGUAAUAAAUAUAUUGUGCUGGAUUGUCCAACUGACAUGGCCAAGGACAUUGUCGUCAGUCAUGUUCGAGAUGUUGGACUGGGAAGAAGAACUUACCAUUACCUUCUGAGUGGACUGAUAAUGGACGAUCGAUGGGAAAGUGAAGUGAUUGAGUAUGGUGCCAUCAAUAUAACUGGAUAUCGAAUUGUUGAUUCAAGCCGUCGUACUGUCAAAGAAUUUUUGGAAGGUUGGCGUAGACAAGAUUCCGUUGCAUUGCCUGGUGCUGGACGUGAUUCAAUAUCAGCACAAGCAGCAUUGAUGUAUGAUGCAGUACUUGUACUUGUCGAGGCAUUUAAUAAAUUUUUAAAGAAAAAAAUUGAUCGUAAUAAUCCAAAAAGACCAGGUGUACCUGGAAGCAGUCAACCAGUUAAUGUAUCUCGUCCACUCGAUUGCAAUAUCAACAAUGGCUGGGUAACACCCUGGGAACACGGUGAUAAAAUAUCAAAAUUUCUCAGAAAGGCUGAGAUUGAAGGACUCACUGGUCAAAUACGAUUUAACAAUGACAGUAGAAGACAAAAUUAUACGCUUCAUGUUGUUGAAAUGACUGUUAACAGUGCUAUGGUUAAAGUAGCUGAAUGGACAGAUGAGUCAGGAUUUCAGGCAAUUUCAGCAAAAUAUGUACGUCUACCAAGUCAGGAAAUCGAAAGAAAUAAAACGUAUAUCGUAACGACCAUAGUGGAAGAGCCUUAUAUCAUGCUUAAAAAAUUGGAAACUGGAAAAGUUCUUGUUGGAAAUGACAGGUUUGAAGGCUACUGCAAAGACUUGGCUGAUUUGAUAGCACAAAAACUUGGAAUUAAAUACGAGUUAAAAAUUGUUGACGAUGGAAAAUAUGGCUCGGAAAAUCCGGAUGUGCCUGGUGGAUGGGAUGGAAUUGCUGGUGAACUUAUUCGAAAUGAAGCAGAUGUUGCUAUUGCACCAAUGACAAUAACAUCUGAGCGUGAACGAGUCAUUGAUUUUAGCAAGCCAUUCAUGUCACUUGGAAUAAGUAUCAUGAUUAAAAAACCAGUUAAACAAAAACCUGGUGUAUUUAGUUUUCUUAAUCCUUUAAGUAAAGAAAUUUGGGUUUGUGUUAUAUUUUCAUACAUUGGUGUAUCCAUUGUACUGUUUAUUGUCUCGAGAUUUUCACCGUAUGAAUGGAGAGUGAUACAACCGAGUGGUGUAAUUGAUCAGGCAAGAGGUGAUUCAAUGCAACAUCCACACUCUGGACCUGGAUCACUUCAUGCACCAAAUCCCUGUAUGGCUAAUGAUUUCAGUAUCCUCAAUAGUAUGUGGUUUUCUUUGGGAGCUUUUAUGCAACAAGGCUGUGAUAUUUCACCAAGAUCAAUAUCAGGUCGAAUUGUGGGAAGUGUCUGGUGGUUUUUUACUCUCAUAAUAAUAUCAUCGUAUACAGCAAAUUUAGCUGCAUUUUUAACAGUCGAAAGAAUGGUUGUGCCAAUAAAUUCACCAGAAGAACUUGCAUCACAAACUGAAGUUCAAUAUGGUACACUUCAUCACGGUUCCACAUGGGAUUUUUUCCGAAAAUCACAAAUAAGUUUAUACAGUAAAAUGUGGGAAUUUAUGAAUUCAAGAAAACAUGUUUUUGUCAAUACAUAUGAUGAAGGAAUACGAAGGGUGAGACAGAGCAAGGGAAAAUAUGCAUUAUUAAUUGAAAGUCCUAAAAAUGAGUACAUAAAUGAGAGAGAACCUUGUGAUACAAUGAAAGUUGGUAGAAAUCUUGAUGCAAAAGGAUUUGGUGUUGCAACACCAAUAGGAUCACCUUUAAGGGAUAAAAUUAAUUUAGCAGUGCUAUCAUUAAAAGAAAGUGGUGAAUUGACAAAACUAGUUAAUAGAUGGUGGUAUGAUAGAACAGAGUGUCGACAUGGUGAUAAACAAGAUGCAAGAAAUGAAUUGUCAUUGAGUAAUGUUGCUGGAAUUUUUUAUAUACUAAUAAGUGGCCUACUGUUGGCACUUGCUGUUGCACUGUUAGAAUUUUGUUACAAAUCACACACUGAAGCAACAAGAGCAAAAAUACCAUUGUCGGAUGCAAUGAAAGCAAAAGCCAGACUAACUAUUGGAGGUGGUCGAGACUUCGACAAUGGACGGUAUUACGCACCAGCGAAUGCGAUUGGGAGUGUGGAAGGAGAUCCACCACACAGCAACACCCACACUCAGGUUUAAGUCCUUGGUACAGAGCCGCAAGUGAUGAUACAUCUGAUCCAUCACCAUCAAUAUCACUGCCAACACCACCACCACCACCAAAAUCUUUACCACCACCAGCACCACCAGCUCGUUCAGCAAGAAGAAGUGUUACAUUUGCUAUAACACCACCAAAAUCUCCAAAAUCACCUGCAACACCAACAACACCAAAAUCACCUUGGGUUCUUAAAAGAAAAUCAACAAUAACAACAUUAAAUAUGGCUGUACCAUGGACACCAGCAACACCCAGUCAUUGGGGCAAUCGUAAAGCUGAAUAUGUUACGUAAUAUUAAUUUUUUUUUUUAUUUUUUUUUUAUUUAGAAAUCAAAUAAACAAAUUUAUUUUUUUCUUUUUUAUC